AUUGUUCAUGUGUUUGUUAUUAGCAUGUGCUUGCAAACACAUGUAAUCAGAAAUGCACAUUUGUUUACAGAGUGUAGAUUGCAUAUUGCAGCGAAUCUAAUUGGUCAGUGAUUUUCCCGCUUCUGAACGGACGCCAGAGUCCUUUGUAGGACUUGUUUCGUAUUUUCAGCGAGAUGUCCCGUGAUAAAUAUCCGACAAAGUUUUCUGUUCAUAAAUACCAUAACGGAAUUAUAAAAUCAUUAUCGAUACGUAUCCAGAAAAUGAUAACCUGAGGCCAGUUUUCCCUUUAUCGAAUGAUAAGUUAAGGUUAUGUUUACAUUUACAAGAUAUAUUUGAACCAAAUUGAUAAUAAUUGUAUCUUUCGUUUUAAAAUGAUUUAAAUCGGGCACAGUUGUUACCAUGGAAUCUUUAAAAAUAUUUGACGAAUUUAAAUUCAGUGAUCUCAACGAAGACUGGAUUCAAUCUGUUUGGGAUACAGAAUUUAUGAUUUAUAAUGAACCACCUGAUGAGUAUCUAAUGUUCAUAGAAAGUGAGGAUAUGAGACUGCUUUUGCACGAGACUUGCACCAUUGUGAAAGAUUGGUUAACCACAGGCAAAGACCAGAACAAUCCUGAACGAUGUUCAGAGAUCUCCUGGAAUACAUUGAUCAUAAUGGAUAUAAAAGUACGUGCUUUGCUAGCAAUAUUGGGUUACAUAAUGAAGAGCGGACAAGGUAAAGAAGCUGAUGAUGAUUCUAGACAAUCUUGUCUUUAUGCAACUAAUUUAUAUUUUAUACUUUUGGCUAUUCCUGGUAGUAGCGCUUUCAAUGUGUUUCAUCCGAACUUAUAUCAACGUGCUAUUGAAACCAUUAAAAUAAAUUCUGGUCAAUUGCAGCCGCUUGUUAAGAAACGUUCCAAAGCAGUGAAUUUAGAUGAUUUUAAUAUAACAGAUGAGAUGAGAAAUGAUAAUAUUGCUCUUUCACCUAAUGAAAAGGAAACAUUGACAAAAAAUUUAAAUGUUAUUGUUUGUAGUCUGAUUACAAUGAUAAAAACAUUUUGGUUUAAAGACCAUGUACAGUCAUUAGAUGACACUGUUAGUGGUUUACUAGAAGUUACAAAGGUAGAAAAUGAUUGCACAGAUCCUUCUUGUUACAACAGGCAGAAUGGUACAGUGGAAGUAUUAUUGAUAAAGAAUUCAUAUGCAGCAUUGCAAGAACUGUGCGAUAGUAAACAUGGACCUGUUAAGGUUACUAUAACAAUCAUAGCUAAGUAUAUAUUACCUCGUUUGUUGUGUAGUCCCAUGGACUUGCAAUCAAAGUUUAUAAUGAAUGUACGUGAGUGUACUAUAAAUUUUUUAAAAGUUUUAUCAAAUGAACACGAUAAAGAAGCAACAGUUGCAAUUAUUACAUUAAUACAACAUUUGAUGCUGAACUGUCCAGAUAGACUUGAAGCACGUCAAAAGCAAGCUGGUGUACUAAUAAAGCUCUUUGGAAUAUGUAAGCAAAACAUCAUAAUUGAAGCCUUUAGAAAUGUAAUAUUACUAACGCAUCAUAAUAAAAUACCUCUGAGAAUAUUUGCUCAAGAAAUAAUUGGCAAAUUAUUGAUAGAAUCUUUUUUGGUUGAUUGUAGUAUGACUGUUAGUCUGAAAGCUAAAGUUAAAAGAGUCUUUGUUGCUGUUGUAUUAAGUAGAUGCAUGGAUUGUUCAAGUAUGGUGAGAGGAAAAGCUAUGGCAAUAAUUGCAGAAUUCACAGAAUUCAGUCAUGAGACGGAUAAGGAAAUAUUUAAAAUAAUUUUCGAAAACUCUGAACCUGAUAAAAUGUUCCUCACAUUCCAAGAUAUAAAAGAUGCUUUAUCCGAAGACACUGAUCUAUUACCAGGCUCUAAUGUUUUGUUAUCCAUGCUAAUAGAACGAAUUGAGGAUGAGAGAGCAGCAAUCAGAAGAAGCACAUUACAAAUUUUUAAGAAUUUGGUCUUAAUGUCUCCCAGUUUGAUGAACGAAACGGUACCUGUAAUUAGCCGCCGUUGUAGAGACCCAACGCUAACUGUGCGUCGAUAUGCUGUACAAGUAUUAUCUCAGCUUUUGGAAAGGUUCUCAGACAAUUCACAACUUUUAGAUGAAUGGGUACAAACUGUUAUACCACAGAUAUUCGAUGUUGAGAUCAAAGUACAGGAAAAGGUGCUAGAUUACUUACAUGAGUUAUUGCUAAACAGAAUAGUAUUUUCUUCUAAAAAUACUAACAAUAUAGCUGACAAUUUACCAUGGAAAAUUUUGAAUACAAUAACUAAUGUGAAAAUGCGGCGACAUUUGUCAAAAGCUUGUAACUUGUGGGUGAAGAAUGGUACUAUCACUACUUCUGUAAUAAAGAGCAUACAGUCACAUAUUGGGACGACCAAUAACAUAGGAGCUUGGAUUUUGCUAGCUGCAUUAGCUGAAAAUACUCAGCUACCAAAUAUGAACAAAUAUAUUUCAAACUACAAGGAAAUCUUUGAAGAGGAUAAUUUUUAUACCAGCUUGGUUCUGCAGGUUUUGAAGCACUCUUGGAAGUCCUUGGAUAACGAAAUUUUGGAAGGUCUUCACGUUUACUUGUACCAAUGUCUAGAGCAGUUCAAAAUCAAUUUUGGUUUAAUCAGCAUUUCAUUGGAUAUUAUACACAAUAUAAUACAGUUUCUGAAUCCUGAUACAGGAACUAGUUUGCUAGAUUUUAAUGUGCUGAAUUUAAUCAAAUUGUCGGAGGCAGAAAUCACAAAAAUCUUUAAGAACGAGGACCAAGCUUUAGAAGCAGCACCAUAUUAUUUAAAAGCUAUGUUCACUUUGGGGUACGCUACUCUUUUAUGUACUCAUAAAAUAUCACCGUUAACGUUACGAAUUUUGCAAGGAAUAUUGCUAGAAUGGGAAUCACUUCCAGAAGCUAUAAAGGAGAUAAAAGAAUUACAAGCGUCGGCAGUCGUCAUUCUUGGCCAGCAAGCGAUGAGGGAUCGGGAGAUUGCAAAAGAAAUGGUUCCAAUAUUCGGCAAACUAAUGAGACAAGAGACAAACUUGAGUUCGGUUUUUCAAAUCGCUGUAAAAAUAAAUACCGCAAAGGCUUUGGCUGAUAUUUGCGUUAGGUUCACCGCACUAGUUGAACCGUAUUUAUCAGAUAUGUGUGUCAGCAUGAAGGACUCAAGUCCACAAGUCAGGGAAGCUAUCAUGGUAAUAUUCAUCCAACUUCUUCUUGAAGACUACAUCAAAAUUAAGGGCCCAUUCUUCUUUCACAUAUUGACCAUGUUGUCGGACUCGGACAAUAUGAUACGCGAGUUGACGACUUUUCUUAUAGAAGAAAGGCUUCUGAUAAAAAAUAAAACUUUGAUAUCGCAACAAUUUUUACAAAGCAUAUAUCAUUAUAAUAAUUAUCAAUCACAUCUCAAAAUUUAUGAUCAAAGAAUGCGCGAGAAAGAGAGAAAAGCAUUAACGCUACCUGGAAAAAGGAACGAAGAGAAACGAAGAACGAUAUAUGACUUUAUGCUGGAUCACUUGGAUCCUCCAGGAAAGAUAAAGUUACUUGUAAAAAUAACUAGUCAGAUACUUGGCGGAGCUUGCGCCGAUUCAAUCGACGUUAAGAAAGAGGAAGGAAUGUAUGUUUUGAAAGAUGCAUUAUAUGUUAUUAGCAAUGAGCGGUUAAGACCGUCGUCCCUGAACAAACAAACUGACGAUGAUCAACCAGAAAAUGAAGAUUCUGCGAUUCAACAAAUCACACCUGCCAGCAGUGCAAUAACUAUUAUCAUCGAAGGAAUGAAGAAACAUGGUUUAGAAGUUCUGUUGCCUAUAUUAAUAAAACUAAGGAAAAAGUUAUCUUUUUCAAAAUCUCCGGUGGAGAAUGAAGUGAAGAGGCUUCUGGUCAAAACUUAUUCAGAAUAUAACAAGGACCAAUUGUCUAAUUUAUUCAACGAAUAUCCAAACUUAGAGAAAGAAUUGGACAGGUUAAAGAGACAAGUGGGAGAAAUUGUUUCCGAAGAUGAGAACUCCUGUGAAGAAGGAAAUUCUCCGUCUGACACAGCAAACCAGAUUUCGUCUACCAAGAUAUCAGAUGUAAGGGCUUGUAAUUUGAGCCCUGUAGUUUUGUUGGAACGUGUCCCAAUUUCUCAACUUUUAAGUCUGAAUAAUUCACCAACCAACAAUUCUCUGCUUUCGGGAAAUCAUUCUGUCGAAUGGAAUCCGAUUUCAACAGUACUAACUGUACGACCACGUUCACCCUCAGAGCCUGGUCCUAGCACCAGUACACAAAAAUCGAAAGAGUACGAAUUAGAGUACGAAUUGAACAACUCGAUCGACAACGUUUCGAAAGCUAGAAAGAUAAACAUAAAACGUAAACUGACAGAAACAAAUAUUUCUCAAUUUCAAGAUGACAGUGAGUCUGAUUAGGAUAUAUAAAACAAAUAGCUUUUACUUAUUUACUUUUAUUUACGUUGCAAUUUAUAGGUAAACAAAGAAGAAAAAUGGGGUUACCUACCUUUUAGCUUUUGUUGUAUACGAAACGAUGUUUGCGAUAUGCUGUACGUUCGAACUUCCAGUUCUUUUUGUAUAUCUGAAAUACGCAAACAAUUAGCUAACAGAAAGGCACAACAUUUGGUAUUUGUUUCUUACCUUUAUUCGUGUGUGACAACACGUUAUUGUACAAAUCCUUUACAAUAAUCGUGUUCUCACUUAUUAGCCGAAUCAGUCCACGAAUUUCAUCGACCUGUAUUAAUAUCAUUUAUAUAACUACUGCCAAUAUAAGAGUCUGUGAUAUUUUUACGGUGACUUAAUUAAUAUGAGUAUACCUAUGUGUAUACGUACUUCAUCCAAAACUUCCUUGAGUUUCCUAUUUUGGGAUAUUUGGAUGUGUACAUCUUGUAUAAAUCGUUUACCAAAUGAAGUGCUAUUAGUUUGACACUAAAGGAAAGUAAAAAAAAUAUGUUACACAGUACGUCUGCUUUUGUUAUUAAUUAAUUAAACGAUCGGAACAGUGUUCGGAAACGGGAAAAGAUAUUUUAUGUUAUAUUUCUCAGUUGAUCCAGUGGCAGUAAUUAACUAGACUUCAUACAGGAUAGGUCUCUAUCCAAAUCUCUCUACUAAAUAUUCAUUUGUGAAAGAUAUCACUUAAGCAACAAACUAUUAUUAAUACAUCUUGAAAGGAUAUUCCAUGCUUAUUUCUUUCAGAAACUACAGUCUAUUCGUGUGGGGCAAAUAACUUUGUUUGCUCUAAAACGUGAAGAAAUAUAUUAAGAAGAUAACAAGGGGAAGCAGAUAAAGUUGGGAAGUCACUGUAAUAUGUUAAAAGUUACCGUUUGUUAUUUAAGUGAUGUUUUCUUAUUGUUUUAGUUAUAUUAUAUAAAGAGUUUAUGCUUUUUAAUUCAUGCAAGUAGUUAGAAUUUUGCUAAAGCAAAUAUAAUUUAGAGGUGGCCUUACGGCUGGUGCAUUUCGAACGAUUUUCUGACAUGUACUUUUGUUAAAAUUAAUGUCACAGGUGUUACAGAUAACCGAUACUCUCUCGUGUUUUCAAAAGAACAGAAUACUAACUGCACGUAGUUCUGGCAUUCGAUCACGAACCAUGAUGGCAUUCCUUAGGAAUCAGCGUCAGUCACUGAUCGUUCUUUGAAUCUGGUUCACGAAGUAUGUAUUCUGUUAUCUACCUUAUCAGUGCAGAAGCGAUAAUUGAUAAAAUUCGUCGCGGCGUUGGCAUUGUAAACUUCUAAUUGAUACCGUUCAAUUGGUGAGGAGCAGAAGAACCGUUUGACACACUUCUCAGCUAAACCGUAUUACUUCAACCAGAAGAAGCUUUGCAUCUGCAAAUGGAAAUAGGAAAUAGGCACUUAGCAGCUGGGGUACAAGGACGAGUUUACCAUGAAUUAUACACCUUUGACUUGUUCUCUCAGCCUUUCUUCUCGUUACCACCGGUAGUACAUUUUUUUCUUUCGUUGAAGGCACCGAUGACUCCUUUUCUUUUUGUUCGAAUGUUUUUACAGUAUGACAUGACUGUUACUUUUUGUAAAAACAUUAGCAUGUGCAUCGUGUAUAUAGGUAUGUGUAAAUUAAGACGGAGAACCGACGUUGCUCGCAACUGAAUGACCGUGAUGUUAUAAAUCGACGAGGAAUAUAGAAGCUUUCCGGUUGAAAAAACAAAAACAAGACAUUUUAAAGAUUAUUUUUGUGUUCUUAUGUAAUGACAUGUAAUAUUUAUUGCAAUAAGUAUGCCGCGCUUGUAAAGUGGAGGAUACGUUCAGGCAGAAAUUGUUUCGUUUAAUUACAAUUUCGUAAUAAACGCGCAGCUUAAUACGCAUAAAGCAUGAAGUCCAACCAAAAUUUGACCCAUUCUGUGAUAUCACACAAAGCGAAACUGUUCGAUAUUUAUGUAUAAAUCAAAUAUAAUAGAAUUAUACGUUACCAUGUGUUUCGUGCCGUGUAUAAUUUACUAGAAUGUAAAAAAGAAAAAAAUUUUUUACGAAUUAGCGAGUCGAUACGCGUUUCAUAUAUGAGAACAUAUUUUGGGAAAACAGUAAAGAUAUUUAUUAUACACAUCGUAAAUUAACACCAAACAAACAGUUAUAAAAUAUCUCAUUAAUGUUACAUUCAAAUAAAACGAUUAAAUAUCUUAUACAUUACGGUUUAAGAACUAAA